AAUCUUGUUUGCGCUCUCAGCAACUUUGCUUUCAGCUCAUAAAAUCGACAUUCUUCUCAUUAGAAACAUUAGAAGUUCCCCAGAAAAAUCCCUCUUUUCCCCCACACCACAAAAGCCUCCCCAGGUCUUAGAAGCCAUUUUUCCUGCGUCCAUUCAAAAAUAAAAGCGAGCGGAGCAUCAGGAGAUAAUUUUUUGUGUCAUACAAAAAGUGAAUUUCGAUUGUGCUAGUGGAACGUCGUCAUUUUCGCAUUCACGCAGCCUCGACCCUUUCCGCAGAUAUAAAAAGUCCUCGUCUCGCGUCCUUCCCAACUUCCUUCCCACACAACCACAACCACUUCUCUUCUUCGAUACCCAUAACAACUUCCGAUACUUCUACAACUUUUAAUUACAACCCGCAAACACAUUCCACCAGAUGUUCUCCCGACAGAUCGUCCGCGCCGCUCGCGCUUCACGCGUCGCCGCAAUCCCAACCGUCUCAAGAGUCUCCCGCGCUGCUUUCACAGCUGCUUCUCGUCUUCGAGAGCCAGUUCCUGACGUUGUCGCUGCUGGAGAGGUUUCUGCUGCUACCUACACCGAUGGCCACAUUGAGCGUACCACCAUCAAGGUCGACCAAACCUCCGUUGAGGGCGCUCCCUUGAACAAGACCGUCUACAACCAGCUUCCUCGCACCAUGCAGAGGCUUUCUCUCAUGGACAAGGUUGUUGUCGUCACUGGUGGUGCUCGUGGUCUUGGAUACUCAAUGGCCCAAGCCUGUGCCGAGGCUGUUGCUGAGCUUCACAAGUUGACUGGUGAUUCCGUCCCGGUCGCUUUCUACAACGUCGAUGUUCGUGACGAGAACGCCAUCACCGAGUCCAUUGCUGCUAUCGUCAAGGCCUACGGUGUCCCAGAUGUCCUGAUCAACUCUGCCGGUAUCGCUGACUCCAAUAUGCCUGCCGAGACCUACGACACCAAGAAGUUCGCACGCCUCAUUGACAUCAACCUGAACGGUUCCUUCUUGAUGGCCCAAGCCGUCGGAAAGCACAUGAUCGCAGCCAACAAGCCAGGAUCCAUCAUCUUCAUCGCCUCCAUGUCCGGCUCCAUCGUCAACUACCCACAAGAGCAAUCCUGCUACAACGCCUCCAAGGCCGGUGUCAUCCAACUCGGAAAGUCCCUGGCUGCCGAAUGGGCCAAGUACCACAUCCGCGUGAACUGCAUCUCUCCAGGCACAAAUCUAGGUUACAUGGACACAGCCCUAAACAACGUCCCAGCCCUCGACGCCCAAAAGAAGAUCUGGCGCUCCUUGACUCCUCAAAACCGCCUCGGCGCCGUCGAAGACCUCAACGGCCUCGCCGUCCUCCUCGCUUCCGACGCCUCCGCUUUCAUGACUGGCAGCAAUGUCAUCAUUGACGGCGGCUACACCCUCUACUGAAGGAUAAUGAGGUGGGUGUCCUCGCUGGAGGAUUUUUGGGGGGUAUAUAGCAGCUAUUUCUGCAGGUCGUCGUCAUAUUGCGUAGCAGAAAAUCGGGUGGUUGCGGGGGAGGUGAAGCGGGUAGAUUUCUUAUGGUUCUUCUUCGUUGUGGUUGAGCGUUUCUUUUCUGGUCUCGAGGAUUGGCUUGCGGGAGUUUUUAGACGGUUGCUUUUGCUUGAGGUAAUCAAAUGGCGGAUCGGAUUCUGCAAAUUGUGUGCGUGACUGUGAAAUCUUGUGCUGUGACAUGACGGGUUUGUUUGACUU